UGUCUCAUGGACUUGUGGUGCCGUAUCAUGAGCGUCAUGACCAGGGCUGUUUUGGUUCUCAGGGCGGAUCACCCAUAGAGUGUUGUCUCUCCCUUUUCCAGAAGGCUGAUGGAAGAGGGAUCCAGCAGUUCCGAUGGAUCCAAAGAACCCGUCACCUUCAGCUUCAUGACGGAAUACUCGCGAUUGCCUUGCAACCAGUGUUUGUUCUUCGCCUCGGCAUUUGGCUGCAAGCGUGGCGACGCCUGCGCGUUUUGCCACCACGUGAUCCCAGAGAAGCUUCCGAGCGCCCGGCCGCGUAAAGCACGGCGUGAUGCGCUGAAGGCUCAAAUUUGGGGCCUGCUGCAGCAAUUGGAUGUGGAAAAGCAAGAGCCGCAGGAAGUUGUCUACCAGUUGCAGUCCGCAAGUCGGCAAUGUGAGUACAGCCGCGUCAUCAGCCAGAAUGCAGUAGAUAGCCUGCUCCAGCAGGUUGAAAUGAAGCAUCGAGCACAGGGACACCCUGUACCCCCACGUGGUGAGACUUGCAACGAAAGUUGCGGGGCUUUGCACCGUUUCUCGGUGUAAUUGCAGGUUCCUCCUCCCUUGUUCGUGUACUGUGCACAAAGGGUCAAAGUGCACAAAAAGUACACUCAAACAGGAGAUCGGAUAUUGUAUUAUAUGUAUUUAUGUCGGGUCGAAAAACCGUGAAAACCCGUACUGCCACC